AUGUCAACUACUCAAUACGCUACACGAUACCGCGCACGACAGGCGCUAACCAAUGACCCACCCGUUAGACUGGCAGCUGGUAUGCCGCGUGCUAAUAGUGAGUCCAUGCUCUCUUCCGUCUCCUCUUCUCCGGGGGGAGUAACGCCAAGGGCGCCUUCCCCUGCGAACUCCGUCGACACACCGAUCCGCUUAUAUAGCGACAUUGUGUUGACGCGAAUUCCCUCGAUGCCCGGAGGGCUCGAGGCGACACCUGUGGGAUUAGUCAAAUCCGCGGGAUUGAGGACGGAAGAAAUGACGGCCGAUAAAUCGGCAUCAGUAGACCCCACAGAGGAAAGUGUAGUAGGUAGUAAAUCUGAGAAAGAGAGAUCUAAGGUUACUUUUGACCUUAAGAGCGGGAAUGAAAGUUCGAGUGAUGAACAAUCCGCAGAAUCUGGUGACGACCAGACGAGCGCUGAAUGGACAAGUGUCCAACGGAAACGCGGGAGAAGAAGCUCCUCACGCGAAGUACCAGCAGGAGGCCCACGAGCCUCAGAAUUGAACCAGGAACAAGAACACCUGGUAAGGUUAGCGGAGAAGAAACUGACAGGAAGCGAUCGCAAGAGGAUCGAGACCCGAGAGAGGGCUUACAUUGUCCCGCGGGAAGGACCUUCUAAGGAAAAGGGCAAAGCCCCUGACCCAAGAAAUUGGGGCGGAACCGAGUUUGAGGACGACGAGGUCGAUGUAGAUGCUCAAAGGGCAGCAUUAGAAUCCUUUCGUCUGGCGAAGGGAAAUGGAGGAGGUCAAAGGGAACCGGACUCUGACCAUGAGACAUCCGAUAAGCCGCAGGGAGACAGCAGUGAGGUGACAGAGCCCAGGGAAGAUACCUGGAAUGAAAGUGCCAGUUACGUAUCGCGCUUCAAGGCAGAAGCGGCAGUAAGGGCCGUGAAGGAACGACUCACCAACCGUUACGAAGCUCGCCUGAGGGAACUGGAGAAGAAGUUAGCAUUGAAGGAAGGGUCUAAGAAACCCAAGAAACACCAAACUCACCUUGAAGCCACCAACCCAGUAAACGGGAUGGUGGAGAGGGUCCUGGAAUGA